AUGCCCGCCGGUGGAAUGGACGCCCUGGGGGCCUUCUCCCACCUCACCGAUAAUUUGCCCACAUGGAUUAACCGUAUCUCUGAUCUGGCCACCCACACCGCCGCCAAACAUGCCGAAUAUGCCGAGGCGUACAAGAAGCUCGCCGUCACACCGGGGAGACCACGUCGACGCAAGAAUAGCUCCGUGUGCUCCAUCCGGACCGACGACUUGCGGAAUGCCGUCACCCAAUCGCCGCCCCCUGUAGAUGCACCGAUCCAGAAAGGCCCCGACACCCCCCAGCCCGCCUCCCAGGACCCGUCGACCCCGAACCCUAACCCUCGAAAGCGUGGCACGGACGAAGCACCAUCCGUAGCCUCCGAGGAGAACCCUUUUGUCAGCACUCGAUACAACCUAGUGAUCCAUUACGACGGGGAGACGCAGAAGUCGCUGGAGGAAAUGGUGCGGAUUAUGGGGACGGCCAGGAACAACAUUCGGAGGGGAAGGAUGUCCCAGAUGGGGGCGAUGCGGAGUAGUACUCUUAACAGACCCCCUCGGAUGAACAGCCCACCGCUUUCUCCUUCUGCGGAUGAGUCGGACGAUCAGUUGCUGUCCCAGAUCCGCAGCAACCGGAAUCGUGGGCCUCCGCCACAGGCCCGGGUGAUGGCGAAGAACUCACCGUUUGACAUGGCGGAUCGACAGCUGGAGUUGGCUCAUAGUUUGUGUGAGACUGCGGCUUACCAAUUCCUCCGGGUGGGUGACUGCUCGGAAGAACUACAGGGGGUGCUGGAUAAAUUCAAGGCGCUGCUCGAACUGGCCACGGGUGAAGUGCGACGUCUCACGGAGGAACAGGAAAAGGAACGUGCCGCGAAGGAGAAAGAGGCUCCGCACGUGGAAUCUGUGCAGUUGACGGUUGGUCCCGCGAGCAACAAGAUAUCGACAUCGGAUAUUGGAGCGAUCGAGGUGGACGACGGGACGGAAUCCGAAGAAUCGAUCGACUUAUCUACCUUCCGAGCCCGACGAAUGAUGAUGAGGGCUUAG